GUGUCGUCGGUGAUAAAGAGAGCAGCAUCGAGAAUGGGCCUCGAUCCAGCGAGAUUUUCGACUCAUUCUGUUCGCAUAGGGGGCGCUACCGCUCUAGUUAAUGCAGGAGCAGAUCGACUCAUGAUCAAACUGAUGGGGCGCUGGCUAUCGAACGCUUUCGAAGACUACCCGGUGCUGUCAGCAAAAGGAACCGCUGGCCUCUCUCAGCAGAUGUGC